AAAAUAACGGUUUUCGGUUAAAUGAACCUGUUAUUCCCACCCCUUAUCUCUCCCUUCGGAGACAGUUAGCUGGCUACUGAGGGUCGGAAUGGUCGCUUAUGUUAAAGGGGUUCUGUUUGUUUCAUUACUUAUUUGUUAUAUUGGUUAUUGCCAAUCAAACAAUGAAAACGCAAAAUCUACAUUGGUCAAGGUCUUUGUGGCUUUAAGGCAUGGUUCAAGAGCACCAAAAUUUGAAACAUAUGACGAUCAUAAUUACAAGAAGGAUGAUGAGCGAUUUUGGCCUGACGGUCCUGGUGAACUGACUAAGAAUGGCAAGCAAGAAGCCUUUGAGAUAGGUCAGAAGUUAAGAACUAGAUAUUCAGCCUUUCUGGGCGAUUAUUACAAAACCAAAGACUUCAGGGCAUUUUCAACAUUAAAAGAAAGGACUAUUAUGUCAGCUGAACUGGUAGCAGCAGCAAUAUUUCCUCCUAAUGGUUAUCAGAAAUGGAACAACAAAUUGUUAUGGCAACCUGUGCCUGUCUUCCCUGAUUAUGUUAUCAAUGGAAAUGAUGAUAAUGUUUGCAAAUGGUUUCUACCAGUCUCUAGAGCUGAAAUGAAAAAUACUUCUGCAUCUGAGUUUGGUUUUGACAAAGAUGACCUAAGAGUGCUUCAAGAUAAUAUAGGAUUAUUAUAUGAUGAAGAUCCAUUCAACUUUAUGUCAAAGUUAUGGGAUGUCUGGGAUACUCUUUUCUUUCAGGAUAAAGGAAACCUUACUCUCCCACAAUGGACCAACACUUUAUAUCCCAAUAAGAUGUCAGCUGCAGUUCUUAAAUUUGUAAAGUUCUAUUUGUCAGGAAGUACAACACGAAAGAUAGCAUUUGUGGGUCCAUAUGCUAAGGCUCUUGCUAGUUACUUUACAGAGGGUCAGAAAAAAAUGGAAUUACACGUAUGGCAUGAUAUGAACAUAAUUGGGCUUUUGACAACACUUGGUAUAGAAAUUGAUAAGUACCCAGAUACUACAGCUACUGUCGCUAUUGAACUACAUAAAAAUAAUGAAGAAUAUUAUUUUGAGGUGUAUUAUUACUCAAAUUAUAAAGAAAACAUACCAAAACUAACGAAGAUGCCUUGUGGGACCACUUGUGAAUCAAAUAUAGUGAUAGAACGUUUUCAAACUUAUGCUAAGACUAAUUUUGAAGAAUUGUGCACAAAGAACAUUACAUUAUCUGUAAUAAACUUAGUCUAAAAUACAACAGCUAUAUGACUGUCAAAUUGUCUGUAAUUUUAUAUACAA